CGUUUCACGUGUAGCGCGUGCAGAGUUGUCGCUGGCUCCUCCCAUCGUCGAAUCAAGCUCCAGACAGUGUGAAUCUCACCGGACGCCGGAGUUGUAGAACGACACGGAACAGCGAGCGGCAGACAUGGCGAUGCUGAAAACAGCCCACCAACGCGAUGCAAACGACGCCGCAGACGGAAAAUUCGUGUGCCCCGUGUGUUUGGAAAUAUUCACCCGUCCGAUGACCACACAGUGUGGACACACAUUCUGCCAGAGUUGUCUACAGGAGUGUUUACGGCCUCAGAAAGCAGUGUGUGCUGUCUGCAGAUCAGAUCUGAGCGAGUGGACUAAAGCCGAUGCUUUGGAAGAGCUCAUUCACAGAUCAUCAGGAAGAUGCAAAGGCUGUGGAAAUGAGGUACCUUUGUCCCAGAUGAGAUCCCACACAGAAACUUGCUCCAAAUAUCAAGACUAUGUCAAAGAGGGUAUGAAGUCCAUUUCACAGAAACAGCCUUCCAUUGCCAGUUCAGUGCCGAACCGCUUCACGUUCACCUGUCCCUACUGUGACCUCCCUAACUUUGAUCAGGAUGGUCUGUUGGAACACUGCACCUCACGGCACACACAUGACCCACGUCCAGUGGUGUGUCCAAUUUGUGCCUCCAUGCCCUGGGGUGACCCCAAUUACAGGAGCACCGACUUCUUUCAGCACAUCAAGAUAAGACAUGCUUUCUCUUACGAUACUUUUGUGGAUUACGCUACAGAUGAACAAACCAUGAUCCAGGAAGCUCUACAGCGCUCUCUUAUGGAUAACUGAUGUUACGGGACUUAAAUCACAAGCUAAACACACACACAAAUCUAUAAUCUGUUUUUAUUAGAGGUUGAGGGCUAUUUUGCUGCAAAACUAUUUUUAUCAGACAUGUAUAGUACAUCCAGCAGAAGUUGGCGAUUUUGUGUCUGAUGUUCCAAAACACUCCAAAUCAUAUGUCUCAUAUAUUAUAGCAACUGUCAUUUAUGUAUGCUAAAGAGUUGAUAUUUCAUGAGAAAUGUGUUCAUAAUUAACGUAAACGUGUGUAACGCUGCAGCCCGGUAUAUAAAAUAUUCCUGUUAUUAUUAUAA